CACCAAGUGGAAUCUCAAAGCCAUACUCACUGGGCAUCGUCUUAAUGCCAGCUCUUUCGAUGGGACGUUCCCCUUCUCAGGGGAAACCUAUAUGGCCAUUGCCAAAAAGUUCCAGAUCCCAGACCCCUUUCUAUCCUUCGUCUGGUCGAAUACUAUGAUCACCACGACAUUCACCACUCCAAGCGGAGGACAUGGCUAUCUAACUAACAUCUCAUCCCACGCGAUAGUCAUCACCCAUGAUCCAUCCACCCUCACAACCUUUUGCUUCACUGUCGGUAUGUGCCAGCACCAAAUAAGCAGCAUAUUGCAGGAGCUCGAAAAAUCCAAGCACCUCGCCGGAUGCCCCGAGCUUCUCCCCAUCCUAUGGCUAGAAACCUUUUUGGCGACCCGAGUUCGGCGAUGUCAUGGCCGUUCGUUAGAUAUCCUCGCCAUCCAAAAAGACACAGGGCUGCAUUGGAGCAUCCCGGCGACCGAAGCGCAGUUUGACAAACUGGACUUGCACCCGCUGACGCAUGGGUUGACGGUGUUAAGGGGUGAGUUGGCGUGGGAUGAACAUGCGUUGGACUUUUUGAAAGGGCUCGGGGAGAAAUUGGCCAUCGGGCAGCGAGAACAUUCCUUCGCUCCAAGGGAAUUACAUACGGCGAGGGCGAUACAGGACAACGAGGACCUUCAAAAACGAAUCGUAACCGCCCUCGACAUGAUACAAGGACUCCACCGCCGAGGUAGCUACUCCAUCCAACAAGUCAAAGUCCUCCUUACCACGGUUCACAACCUCAUCAGCCAACGCGACAGCCGCAUCGCCGCCCAAACCGCCGAAGCGACCCGACAAGUCGUCUGCGCCCAGCAGCGCGACAGUGCCGCCAUGCGGGCCAUCGCCGAGGACUCCAACCAAGUAGCCGCGUUGACGCGACGCGAUAGUGCUGAUAUGCGGGUCAUCGCUGGCGUAACCUUAUUGUUCUUACCCGCGACUUUUACCGCCACGUUCUUCAGCACGGGAUUCUUUAAUUUCCAGGGGUCAAGCGUAGGCGGUGGCGGCGCGACCGUUUCUCGAUGGCUCUGGCUCUACUGUGUCAUCACCAUCAUGCUCACCAUCUUCGUAAUGGUAACCUGGCUGGUCGUCUCGCGCCGCCAACGCGCAUCCGAGCGGAAACACCGGACGGCGUUCCAGCUCGCCGAGGAGAAACGGGAGUCAUGUUAUGACGCCCCGGAAGGCCGGGGAAAUGUGCCGGACGCGGAUUUGGAGGUAAUGGGUGAGGUGACGGUUACGAGGUUGAGAUCUGUGCGACAGGAGGAACUUACGCUAGAGGAGUCUGCUGGUCCGAGGCUGCGGAUUCCGAGUUCGAAGGUCGCGGUUAAGGGGGUGACGGGCGAUGGGGAUACAUGUGCGUGUUGUGCCAGUCCUCUGUCUGACGAAUAGCCUCGCCGAAGUUCUGGAAGUUUCUACGGGAGAUAUGAUUAAAUGGCUCUUGUGGGGAGAUUGUGAACUGAAGGAAUAGGUCAACGGUGGAGAACAAAUGAUCAAUGACCACGGCGACAAUUUGACUAUUAAACGGAUACUCCGCAAGCCGUCUCGUGUAUUGCCUACCCCAUGC